AUGACCCUACCCCGUCUACUGGUGGUCGAGGAGUAUAAUUCGCUCCAACAGGCCCGCGAUUCGAUUGCGCUGGGGUACAGGAGGGUGUCCACAGCCGUGGAGUCGCUCUCCUUGACCUUUGGGCGGGCUGAUGGGGACACGGGCUACAGCGCAGCCUGUGCCCUGUUGAAGGGCCGCGGCUGCCCUGCAUACCACUCCCAGGAGCCCAUUCCUUCCGGCGCCCUCCCCAGAGGGAACAAGUCAUGCAUUCUGGACUGCAACCAUGUCGGGACCUGCGUGGCGACGGCCGGCUUCUGCCAGUGCCCCAUGGGCUGGACCGGAGAUGGCUGCCACAUCCGCCUGCGCCGCCCCUGCACCAACAAGCCGCGUAGCUGGGGUCUGGAGCAGAUUGACCCUGGACCGGAGAACCUGACGGCCUAUCGCCCGCCCAACAACCCCUUCUGGUCCAGCAAGGCAGCCAUGUGCUCCGGCGCCUGCGACAAGGACAUGGGGAUGUGCUACUGCCCCUCCCACACGCUCUUUGGCCACAUCCCAGCAGGGGAGGGCUCCUUACCUGGUAAAUAUGAUGAGGAGAACCAGCCCAUCAACUUCGGGAUGACAGAGCGGGACUGGCUGUACGGCGCAAAGGGGUGGUGCAUGGCAGAGGAACCGGAGCACCGCUGCUCCUGCUUCAAGGAUGGCAUUGGUGGCCCCCUGUGCAACAUUCCAACCGAGCAAACCUGCCCCAACCAGUGCAAUGGUCACGGAGAGUGUCAGCAGGGGUACUGCAAGUGCCAGGAUGGCUGGUUUGGCCAGGACUGCGCCUACCGGGUGCAGGGCGUGCCGGACUCGCCAGGCACGCUGGCUUGCAUGCUCGGAGCCUGGCGCACCCUGAUGCACAGCCGCAUGGAGAAUUCCACCCGGCCCUGGAUCAAACAGUUUGUCCACACCCCUGCCGCACGAGAACCAGGGGCGCGGGGACCUCGCCUCCGGCCCCUCAUCUGGGUGUACGAGCUACCCACCGACUACUCCAGCCUCAUGCUGCAGUACAGGGUCGAGAGGGACCACUGUGUCACACGGACUUUCAGCGAUGACAACUCGACCGUGGAGGCUGUGAGGGUAUACCAGCUGGAGAUGGGGCUGCAUGAGAUGAUGCUGCAGAGCUCCCAUCGCACCCUAGACCCUGAGGAAGCCGAUUUCUUCUACGUCCCGCUCUACACCGCAUGUUAUAUUCAGCCGGUGGUGACCUGGGGGGACGGCCCCUUCUAUUAUGGCCCAAUCCCGGGCCGGACGAUCCAGGCCACAGGCUUCAUGGAGGAGGCGUACCACCAGCUCCGGUCACGCUACCCCUACUGGGACCGGAAGGGCGGGAGGGACCACAUCAUUUAUGUGCCGCAUGACGAAGCCUCCUGCUACGUGCCCAAGGCCCUCCGCUCCGCGAUCAUCCUCUCGCACUGGGGCCGCCAGGACAGCAACCACACGAGCUGGACGGGCCAUGCCCCAGACAACUACUCGGUGGAGGCUCAUGACCCGCUUUGGCUGCCCAAGGGCCACCUCCACCGGAUCAACCGCGGCCCGUGCUUUGACGCGGAGAAGGGCGAGUUGAGGGACCUGGUACUGCCGGACCUGCACAACUCGCACUUCCAUGCCCACUCCCCCCUCAUGGGCAACCCCACGGUGCACAGGAAGUGGCUGGCACUGUUCAAGGGCCGGCUGCAGGUGAACGUGGGGGGUUUCCUGAGUGGCCGGGAGACUAAGGGUCCCCAUCGAAUGAAAAAUCUGCCCUACUCCCAGGGGGUACGACAGAAAAUCGCACUUGUGUCCCGCGAGGAGGACUGGCUUAACAAUCAUGGCAUCCUGUAUGGCGACCACGAGGCUUUUGAUGGACUGCCAUCGUACAGCCAGCUAAUGAGUGAGAGCACCUUCUGCCUCGCCAUCAUAGGCGAUGGGUACACUUCAAGGUACGAGGAUGCCAUCACCCAUGGCUGCAUUCCCGUCGUCAUCAUGGACAAUGUGUCGCCUACCCUUGGCACCAUCAUCAACGAGGCCGACAUAUCGGUGCGUGUGGCAUUCAAGGACGUGGAGAGGCUGCCACAGAUACUGAAGGCCAUUCCACGGGAUGAAAUCGAGCGUCUGCAGCGCAACAUUGGACGGGUGUGGCGCCGCUUCCUCUGGAGCUCGUACCCUCUGACAGGGCCGCUGCUGCAGGCCCAGCUGGACGCCAAUCUGGCUAGGUUCAACGGCACAGAGGACCCCUCCCUGCUCCCGGCCCGGGAUACUGCCCACGACAUGAGCCAGGGGGACGCCUUCCAAACACUGAUGGAGUGGCUGUAUGGCAGGAUGGACCCAUGA